GGCGGAAGUGGUUGGGGAGUGUGGCUCUUGAGACGGGGAGGGGGGUGUUCCCGUUCCCCAGCGGAGCCGGAUGUUUGCCGAUCUUUGACAGGCGUGGCAAAGGGAGCUGUGCCCGAGCGCGUUUUCUCUUCAGGUUCUGUGAGGUGUGGCUGUGGGGGACAGGCUGGUCAUGGACCCACUGUCAGAGCUGCAGGAUGAUCUGACAUUUGAUGACACCAGCCAGGCCCUGAACCAGCUGAAGCUGGCCUCCAUUGAUGAGAAGAACUGGCCCUCAGACGAAAUGCCAGACUUUCCCAAGUCAGAUGAUUCCAAAUGCAACUCCCCGGAACCUGCCACACACCUGAAGUGGGACGACCCUUACUAUGACAUCGCCCGGCACCAGAUCGUGGAAGUGGCAGGCGAUGACAAGUAUGGACGGAAGAUCAUUGUGUUUAGUGCCUGUCGAAUGCCCCCUAGCCACCAGCUGGACCACAGCAAGCUCCUGGGGUACCUGAAGCACACACUGGACCAGUAUGUGGAGAGUGACUACACGCUGCUCUACCUGCACCACGGCCUGACCAGUGACAACAAGCCCUCCCUCAGCUGGCUCCGAGACGCCUACCGCGAGUUUGACCGCAAGUACAAGAAGAACAUCAAGGCCCUGUACAUUGUGCACCCUACCAUGUUCAUCAAGACCCUGCUUAUCCUCUUCAAACCUCUGAUCAGCUUCAAGUUUGGGCGGAAGAUCUUCUAUGUGAAUUACCUGAGCGAGCUGAGUGAGCACGUGAAGCUGGAGCAACUGGGGAUCCCUCGCCAAGUGCUCAAGUAUGAUGACUUCCUCAAAUCCACACAGAAGAGCCCUGCAACAGCCCCCAAGCCCAUGCCACCACGGCCACCUCUGCCCAACCAGCAGUUUGGGGUUUCGUUGCAACUCCUCCAGGAGAAAAGCCCAGAGCAGGGGCCCAUUCCACUAGUGCUUCGGGAGACUGUCAGCUACUUACAGGCCCACGCUCUCACCACCGAGGGGAUUUUCCGGAGGUCAGCCAGCACCCAGGUUGUGCGGGAAGUGCAGCAGAAGUACAACAUGGGGCUGCCAGUCGACUUCGCCCAGUACAAUGAGCUGCACCUGCCCGCAGUCAUCCUCAAGACCUUCCUCCGGGAGCUUCCUGAGCCCCUGCUCACCUUUGACCUUUACCCCCACGUGGUGGGAUUCCUCAACAUUGAUGAGGGCCAGAGAGUGGAGGUGACCCUGCAGGCCCUCCAGACACUGCCAGAGGAGAACUACCAGGUGCUUCGCUUCCUGACUGCCUUCCUGGUCCAGAUUUCUGCCCACAGCGACCAGAACAAGAUGAACAAUACCAACCUGGCUGUGGUCUUUGGCCCUAACCUGCUGUGGGCCAAGGAUGCCGCCAUCACCCUCAAAGCCAUUAAUCCCAUCAACACCUUUACCAAGUUCCUGUUGGAUCAUCAGGGGGAGUUGUUCCCUAGCUCUGACUCCAAGGGGCUGUGAACCCAGCCCC